AUGGACGAGGCGUCGGAAAAGAGACGGCUCCUACGGCCUGCGUCUCCAAGCGGAGGAUCAAGCUCGCUAGAGCCUCCGCCGUAUGAGGUUCCGGCCUAUCCCAGGCGACCGCGCCAUCGCCGGCUGUUUGCGCAGAGCAUGCUGUCCGUCAGGACGGGCUUGAGCGUUGUAGUUGCUGCAUCCGUGCUCUGGCUGUGCUUCGCCGUUGAUCGCCAGUACCGAGCUCAGCAGCAUCCCGGCGGGAAAGCUUCGCCGAAGCUGCUGCAACGCUUUGAAGAGGCGCUGGCGCAGUGUCAGGGGCUGGAAAAGGUCCCCGGCAGGCCUGCGCCUGGCUCUCGACAAAGCAACCCGCGAUGGUCGCCGACCAAUGGCCAAACUGGGACGGUUGUGUUGAGAAACGCAACCCUGUUCGACGGCGAGGCUUUCGUUCCCGACGCCGUCGACAUUGUCUUCUCCAAGGGUCUCAUUGAAGCCAUUCACAAGACGUCGGACAACAAGGCCAUUGUAGGCGACAGCGUCGUCGAGUACAACGUCCACGGCCGAUAUGUCACCCCCGGUCUCGUUGACAUGCACUCACAUCACUACAUUAGCACAUGGCCAAGCACCGAAGUGAGCGAUGACGCCAAUGAAGUGAACCCGGAAACUAAAGCAUUUACCCCAAUGGUGCGCGUGAUUGAUGCUCUGAAGCCUUACGAUGAAGCCGCCACGAUAAUUCUAUCGGGUGGUGUCACGUCUUCGCUCAUCAUCCCCGGCUCGGCAAAUCUCAUUGCUGGCGAGGGUGUGCCUGUAAAGAACGCGCUCUACUCUGGAGAGCAUUCUGAACCUGUUGUUGAAGAUUUGCUUCUCGAGAGAGGAGUACCUGCAGGCGAGCGCCGUCGGUACAUGAAAUUUGCAUUUGGUGAAAAUCCAAAGGGCACAUGGGGAUAUACUCGACUUGGCAACGGCUGGCACCUGCGAGAACAACUGCAAAAGGCCAAGGAGCUGAAAGAAAAACAGGAUGAUUACUGCUCUGCCAUUCUGGAGAACCACCACUGGCAUGAUAGUCUCAAGGCUAGCUUUAUUCACCAUCAUGGAAAGUUUCCAUUCCAGCUAGAGCUUGAAUCAACAGUGGCCAUUCUUCGGGGACAAGUCAUUGUACAGAACCACAACUAUGAGCCGGAAGAUAUAGAGACUAUGCUUCGGAUAAGCCACGAGUUUGGGUACAGAGUCUCGGGGUUUCAUCAUGCUACUGAGGCCUGGAAAGUGCCAAACUUGCUCAAGGAGAAGGGGGACAACGUCACUAUUGCAAUUUUUGCAGAGUUUAGUCUAUACAAGGCAGAGUCAUACUCACCGAACCUGUACGCAGGAUACAUUCUCGAUAAGAAUGGCGUUCCUGUGGCCUACAAGUCUGAUCAUGUCAUUGGCUUGACGAGCGCCAAGUAUUUGGCCUCUCAAGCAGCCAUUGGGCAUGCCUUCAAGCUUCCGGAGGAAAAGGCCCUUCAGUCAAUCACCUCCGUUCCAGCAAAGGCAAUUGAUCUUGAUUUCCGUGUAGGGUACUGUAGGCCUGGUUUCGACGCAGAUAUUGUGGUGUGGGACUCCCACCCUCUAUCAAUUGGCGCGACGCCUCUGCAGGUCUUCAUCGACGGCCAAGCCCAGCUUGAUGAAUCUCAAGUCAAGCAGAGCAUGGACGUGACAUUUACGGCAGCUCGUACUGGAGAUGAAAAUGACAAUAUCAAGCCACAGGUGCGGUAUGAGAUCUCAGAUGAGCAGAGAGAAUCAACGUGUUCUCAAGCUUCCGAGACUGGCCAAAGCUUCAUUAUCGAGGGUAUUCAGAAAGCGUUUGUUGACAACUAUCCAGAGCUGGCAGCCUCGCUGGCACAAGUUGGCGAUGAGCCUCUCAAGCUUAUUGUUGAAGACGGGGAGAUUUCGUGUUUCGGCUCAGCUGUUACAUGCGCAGAGGCUGGAAGCAGGUUCGAGCAAAAGGGAAAGAAGGCUCUUCACAUAUCUCUGCAAAACGGACAUGUCCUGCCAGGGUUGACGGCCCUCACUCGGGCCCUGGGUAUGACCGAGAUUGCCAUGCUGGACAGCACUGGUGAUGGCCAGGCGUCGGGUCAGAGAAUCGGGGAUCCUGAGAGCGUGGUCUACGCAAAGUACGGAGUUUGGCUUGAUGGGAAGGAGUUUGCGAGGGCCCGUCUUGGGGGUGUCACCAGAGCAAUCUCGCUCCCGCUGGCAGAUGCGUCUGGCUUUGUCCAGGGCGUCAGUGUAGAGUUUCUUACCAGCGGUAAGAAGAGCCUUACGGACGGAGGUAUCGUUCAGGGUGACGUGGCUUUGCAUCUGGCUCUGGGCGAUGCCACCAAGCAUUCGGAAGGCACAGUUAGCAACGGCAUUGCUCAUCUCCGGAAAAUGCUAGAGGACGGGAAGGGAAAACAUAAUGAGACCGUGUACGGGCGAGUGGCGGCGGGCAGAUUGCCGCUCGUUGUGAACAGCAACAACAAGUAUGACAUGUCUCAGCUGGUCCUCGUCAAGAAAGACUUUCCCGAGACCAAUAUUGUGAUACUUGGUGGCAAGGAAGCGCCCUACGUGGCCAAAGAGCUUGCUGCUGCCAACAUCUCCGUCAUCCUCUCAGAGAAUCGGCCUGCUCCUGAUACUUUCCGCGACAAGGACGCAGUUGUCGGGCCGCCUCUUACUAGAAGCAUAGCCAGCCAUCUCAAGGAGGCUGGCGUGACAUUUGCUUUGGCUAUCUUCGAGACUACAAUGCCGGCGGACUAUCGCAUUCACGAUCUAGGUCCAGAGGCCGGGUGGGCGGCCAAGUACGCUCAUCUCAGCCAAGAAGAGACCGUUCGACUUGUGACUUCGAAUGUUGAGUCGAUUUUGGGGCUGGAGAAGAGUAGGGAUUUGGUGGUGUUUGAAGGCAAUCCCCUGAAUUAUGGCGCUUCCGUCGUGCUUUCGUUUCAUGCUAAUGGGGAGACUGGCAAGCUGGAAGUUGCUACUUGCUUCCCUAGGGAGGAUGAGCAUGGAAGCGUCCUGCGGUAG